AUGGAUUAUGACCUGUGUGAAAAUUUUGAUAUAGUAAUUCAAAAUUAUCCCGAUAAAAUAAAUUCUGAAGAAUGUGAUAUUCAUAAUAUAGAUGGUAUUGAGGAAUACUGCCCUCAUGGGAAUUCAGGAAACAACAAAUGCAUUACUGAGCUCGAUAAAAUAAAUGCUGCAUGCUUAUGGUUGUUCGAGCAAAAUAUUUCUCAUAGGAUUGAUGAUUUAAGUAGUGAACAUGUUAAAGCGUUUAUUAUAUACAUUAUGAUAUGGUUAAAUUAUAUGUUAAACCUAAAGAAAGAUGAAAAAAACAACCUAAAUGAUUUGUAUACUAAUCAUAUAGAAAAUAUUGAGAAUUAUACUAAAUGUAAAAAUUAUGAUAAUGAUUGUAGUAAUACAUUAAAAGAAAAAACGGGAUAUAAUAAUUUUAAGGAAAUCAUAGCUAAAAAUAUGGAUUUUGAAGAUAUAUCUAAAUUUUAUGAAGCAUUUAAAUUAUUAUGUAAAAUACAUACUGAAUCUAAUGAAAACAAUCUAGAAUGCACGAAAUAUUUGGAAUAUGCAAAUAAGAUAGUUGACAAAUUUAAAGAACUUAAUGGAAAUUCUAGUGUUACUGGAAACACUUCAUAUAGUCAAGUAUGGUCUACUUUAUCAACUGAUUAUGAUAAUUUAAAAAAUAAAUAUAAUGGUAUUAAUUGUAUGAAUAUUCCAUCGUUUCCAUCGAUAAAAAGAACACAACAGCACGUACAAAGUUCUGGUGUUACAUCAUCAAGCUUGUCGAUAUAUUCGUUAUUUGGAUUACGGAAGAACUCAAAAACAAUAUUUAAGAGAAAAGCUAAAACAGUAAAGAAAAUGGAUCAUUAA